UCUAAACGGAAAAGCAAAUAAAGAAAUUCUCUGUUUCUAAUAUUAUCAAAAAGUGGACACCAUACGAAAUAUCUGCUGGUCACCUCACGUGAACCAGAGGCAGUUAACAAAAAACCGGUUUACGAGAACCCGCACAGCAAACAAUCCUCCGUCAUGCGGAAGCAGGAAGUAAACGCUAUUUAAAUACUUUUCCUUCAACGAUGAAAACUCGUCCACUGUGUACGUGCACCUUAAGUUCUACGUUAUAACCAUCAUGAAUAUAACCUGUGUACCUUUUCACACAGAAGUACACCUAUGAAUGUAUUUUGUUAGCUGCUGGACUGUAAUACCCGACAUGGAAUCUCUUUUGGAGGCAAUCGAGAUACUGACAAACGCAUCCAGACAUCAAGACAACUUGAUUACAUUGACAACCGUGGAGCCAGAUCCAAGCCCACCUUCUUGCGGUCACCCAAUACUGUUUGGUAUUUGUGAGGAGUUGAAAAAAGAGGCAAAUAGAGAUGUGGAAGCUGAUCUGACUCCAGAGAACCAUGAUUCAUUCCUCCAUGAUGCAGGAACCACGGAGACAACAGAGGAACUUGCAGUCACAGAUCAAGAAAAGCAAAUUGGAAAAAGGACGAGGAGUUGCCCAAGAAAGAGUGUUAAAAAAGGAAUCCGCUCAGGCAAGUCAAGUUACCAUUGCUUUAAAUGUGGACAAAACUUCAGAACAUCAGUUCACUUCAAAAGACAUCAACUUGUUCAUUCAGGAGUUAGGUCCCACGAAUGUCCUGAAUGUGGCAAGCGCUUCAUCACGUCCGCUGAACUUAAAGUGCAUUUGCGUAUUCACACAGGAGAAAAACCAUACCACUGCUCUGAAUGUGGUAAGAGAUUCGCUCAAACAGGAUCACUGUUUAAUCACCGGAGACUUCAUAAAAGCGAAAAGCCACACCAGUGCUCCGAAUGUCCGAAGGCUUUCCAUCACACCUUAGAUCUAAAAGCACACCAAAGGGUUCAUACUGGAGAGAAACCUUUCGUCUGCACACAAUGCUGUAGGAGCUUUACUACAUCUGGAGCAUUGCGAGUUCAUGUCCGAACUCAUACUGGUGAAAAACCUUACAAGUGCGAAGUGUGUGGAAAGUCAUUUUGCCAGCUGGGUGGACUUAAGGUUCAUAGGCGCGUUCAUACGGGCGAGAGACCUUACACGUGCUCUGUGUGCGAGAAGCGCUUUAAGGGACAUGCAAAUUUGAUUGCACAUCACCGCAUUCACACAGGAGAAAAGCCUCAUCGAUGUUCAGUGUGCAACAAGACAUUUAGUGACAGUAGGAGACUUCGAGAGCACGAGCCACCUCAAUCGGCAGAGAAACCCUUCCAUUGUGGCAAGUGUAGUGAAUCUUUUAAUGCUUUCUGUCAACUUAAAGAGCACCAGCAGUGUCACAGGAAAGAAAAGCGUCAUCAAUGUCUUCAGUGUGGAAAGGCAUAUAUACAUUUAUAUUUAUUAAAGAAUCACCAGCGUGUUCAUUCUGAUGAGAGACCCUAUUCUUGCCCUAAAUGUGGCAAGGCGUUUCGGCGGUCGUUUGAACUGAAAAUGCACCUGAAUAUCCACAGUGAAGCAAGACCUUUUCCUUGCACUGAUUGUGGAAAGAGCUUCCGCAGAGCCGCCGAGCUCAGGAUACAUCAGAGAGUACAUACGGGGGAAAAGCCUUAUGCCUGCAGCCUUUGUGGCGUGGGCUUCAAACAGAUAUCACAAGUGAAAGUGCACGAGCGCAUUCACACUGGAGAGAGACCCUAUCUUUGCCAGGAGUGUAAGAAGACCUUUAAAGAUAAGAGAAGCCUGUUAACACACCAGAAAGGGCACCAUUAAUGAAUAAGUCAUCAUACUGUUAAUAUUUUCUUCUGAAUUUCUUGUGACUUAUAUACAUCUACAAGAGUUGUGGACUUUCAGGGUUGUCAGAUGGGACCAAAUUUUAUAUUAAAUUAAUAUAUGUUUUAAUUUAUAUAUACGUUUAAAAAAAUGAUAUGCAAUAAUGUAUUUUUAUAUUCUAAAGUGAUCAUAUUGUAAGAUAUAUGUCAUAUCUUUCCUACUUUAUUUCUGCCUUAAAUACAGUCUUUUGGUUACUAGCAGCACCUUUGUUGUGUUCAACCAAAAGAGGGCAGUAUGAACAUAAGAACGCAUUGGCCAUUAGCAAUUUAAUUGAACAUUUUUAGGACAAUAUUCACGAAAACCUUAGGGGAAAAUCUGUCUUUCCACACUUUGUUGCAUACAGCACAUAUAAGAUCCUUCUUUAAUGAAAUAAAUGUGAUUUUAUACAAAGCCUGUAUGUUGUCUACAAUAGCCCUGAUCAUACAUCUUUAUAAAGGCUUUUAUCUUUAU